GUGUCCGAGCACGUGCCUGUAUUCGCUGCAUGGCCAAUGGCCGCGCUACGACAUGGCCGAGGUGUCCUAGUGGUCGCGCUCUUCACGGCCAGCAUCGGCUUUGCCGUGCCAAGGUCCUUUCGCGGCAAUGCCGCGAAGGGCGCUCCGUCGGUUGCUAGGGACUUUGGCUCCUUCUCCGACUUCUCGGGCUCCAAUAGGCACCUUUGGUGCGUUCUGCCUAUCGGUGUCACGGUGGCUGCUUGCCGAUUUUCCCAGCGCGCGCGGUCUGCGCGGCCACGGUUGCUGCUUCGGGCAACUCCUUUCCCUGAUGGGAAGUACGACCCCGACACGGCCGCAGCCUAUUUUCAGAGCCGUCCCUGGAUGGUGACCUGGCGGGCGGCGGAGCUGGCCGGCACUGGCUUGAGCCUGGCGGCGAGGCUGCUGCUCGAUUUGCAGACAGGACAGUGGGAGGCCAAUGCGUCGAAGCGAGCGCAAGAGCUGGUUGAGAUUCUGACGGACCUGGGCCCCACCUUCAUCAAGAUCGGCCAGGCCCUUUCCAUUCGAGCUGACCUUCUGUCACCGGCAUACCUGAAGGCCUUGACAGAACUUCAGGACCGCGUGCCGCCCUUCCCCACCCCCAUCGCCGAUGAGAUCAUCGAGUCGGAGCUGGGAAGGCCGGUGGGUGAAGUCUUUGAGGAGAUCUCUCCGGCGCCGAUCGCCUCAGCGUCCUUGGGCCAGGUCUAUCGAGCCAAGAUACGCGAGGGACCGGAGGUGGCUGUGAAAGUCCAGCGUCCUGGAAUGGAAGAAGUGGUGGCUCUGGACUUGUACCUCCUAAAGCUGGGCUCAGGACCUUUGAGGGCGUUCCUGGAGCUGACCAGAUCUGGCCUGAACACGGACAUACCCGGACUGGUGGACGAGUGGGGCAAGGGCUUCGUUGGGGAGCUCGACUACCUCCAAGAGGCUGCGAACGCCGUCUUGUUCCAGCACGACAUUGAGAAGACCCCUCUGGCCGGAGCCGUCUUUGCUCCGCCGCCCAUCGAGUCCUGCUCCAGCGCCAAGGUGCUGACCACUGAGUGGGUGGUUGGCGAACGCCUGGAGACCAGCGGGGCUGAGGACGUUACGAAGCUAUGCUCUGUUGCGAUGAACACCUACCUGACCAUGAUGCUCGAGACUGGAGUUCUGCAUGCGGACCCCCACCCCGGCAACUUGCUGCGGACGCCAGACGGCAGGCUGUGCAUCCUCGACUGGGGCCUGGUAACCACCUUGGACCCUUCCUUCCGGGUGGCGUACAUCGAGCACAUCGCCCACCUGGUGUCUGGGGACUACGACCCGGUGCCGACGGAUCUGGUGACUCUGGGCUUUGUGCCGGAGGGUAUGGAGGAUGAUAUCAUCCAAAGCCAGGUGGUGGGCACCCUGGCGAACGUCUAUGGCCAGUGGAGCGCGGGCGGUGGCGCGGCCAGGGUUGACGUCAACGCCCUCUUCAACCAAAUCCAAGAUUUGAGCCGCAAGUACGGCAACCUCUUCCGAGUGCCGCCCUACUUCUUCUACAUCGCCCGCGCCUUUGCGGUGCUGGAGGGGAUCGGUCUCAGCAACGACGAGGGCUACUCGGUGGUUGGCGAGUGUUUGCCAUAUGUCGCACAGCGGCUGAUCUCAGACGAGGAUCCGCGCAUCAGCAAUGCCUUGGCCUCCUUCAUCUACGGAAGCCAGAAAGGUCUGGACCGGCAGCCAAGCCCAGAGCGUCUCAAGUACUUGGCCACUGGUUUCUCCUCCUAUAUGGCGGCCACGCGCAACGACAACACCUCUGCGGCCAAGGAAGCCAGCAAGCUGGCAGAUCAGCUGGCCAGUCUGGUGCUGGGGCGGGUGCCGAACGGAUCGGAGACCAAUGGAGAGGCCUCGAAGGGUCGCCGAGUGGCUCCUGCGCUUCAGGAUCUCCUGCUGGACGAGAUUGCUAAGGUGGUGGGCGCGAAUGCCCGGCGCUUCGCCUCAUCCUGGAAGUUGCCGGGGAGUGGUAGCCUUGGCCUGAUGACGCCCGACACAAGCGACGAGCAGGUGCUUGCCAACGCGCAGGAGAUCGUGUCCAUGGCGGAGCCGCAGGUCCAGGAGAUCAUCCAGCGGUUCCGUGACUUGCCGUUCACGGAGCAGAGAUCCAUCGCAGCAGAGGUGCUGUCAAAGCUCUGGGACUACCGCGGACAAGCCUUCGGCGCCAGCGGGCGCCUGGCUGCUCGCCUGCUGCUGCAAGGCAUCUCCAGAGUCAGGGCGGAUAUCGACAAGGCCUUCUCUGACCGAUAGGCGCUGCGAUCUUCCAUUGAGUUUCACCAGCCAGGCGGCAAACCGCUCGCGGCCGAUUUGUCUCACGGCAGGUCAAGAUGAGCAGCGCUCAAACCGAUCUGGG